GGGCGCCCGAGGCGCAAACUGAUUGCGUAGCGGGCGGGGCCGGAAGUGCCGCUCCCUGGUGGGGGCUGUUCAUGGCGGUUCCGGGGUCUCUAGCAUUUUUCCCGGUGGACGUCCUAAAUCCGUCUGAAGCGGGGGCAGCGGAGCUUGAGGUUCUUGCUGGUGUGAAAUGACCGAGUACAAACUGGUGGUGGUUGGAGCAGGUGGUGUUGGGAAAAGCGCACUGACAAUUCAGCUAAUCCAGAACCAUUUUGUGGAUGAAUAUGAUCCCACCAUAGAGGAUUCUUACCGAAAACAGGUGGUAAUAGAUGGUGAAACCUGUCUAUUGGACAUACUGGAUACAGCUGGACAAGAGGAGUACAGUGCCAUGAGAGACCAAUACAUGAGGACAGGCGAAGGCUUCCUCUGUGUAUUUGCCAUCAAUAAUAGCAAAUCAUUUGCAGAUAUUAACCUCUACAGGGAGCAGAUUAAGCGCGUAAAAGACUCAGACGAUGUACCUAUGGUGCUGGUAGGAAACAAGUGUGAUUUGCCAACAAGAACAGUUGACACAAAACAAGCCCAUGAAUUGGCCAAGAGUUAUGGAAUUCCGUUCAUUGAAACCUCAGCCAAGACCAGACAGGGUGUUGAAGAUGCUUUUUACACACUGGUAAGAGAAAUACGCCAGUACCGAAUGAAAAAACUCAACAGCAGUGAUGAUGGAACUCAAGGUUGUAUGGGGUUGCCAUGUGUGGUGAUGUAACAAGUUAUUUACAAAGUUCUGUCAUCAAAAAAAGAGCCACUUUCAAGCUGCACUGAUACCCUGGUCCUGACUUCCCUGGAGGAGAAGUAUCCCUGUUGCUCUCUUCAUCUCAGAGAAGCUCCUGCUACUUCCCCAACUCUCAGUAGAUGAACACAACAGUCUCUGCUUGAGAAUUUCUCAGAAUAACUACCUCCUCACUUGGUUGUCUGACCAGAGAAAUGCAUCUCUCUUUAUUCCCUAAUAGUUUUCCACCCUGGGUUCUCCCCUAUAGAAACAAACACACCUCCACCACCCAUGUUUUUCAUCGAAAGCCAAUUCAUGCUCUGAAACAGAGAACCAAACUAGACAUGAAAUUCUGUUGAAAACAGUUCCUUGAGCGCUAAAGUAGCAACUGCUGGUGAUUUUUUUUUUUUUUUCUUAUUUCUUUUUACUGUUGAACUUGGACGUAUUUUAGCUUUUGGAGAAAUGUCAUGAAUUAAUGUUUUACCAAGAAUAUAAUUAAUGUUGCAGAUUGGUUUAUUUGUAACGUUAUCAACUGUAGUCUAUAAACUGGCAUCUGCACUGUAUUCAUAAAUACAAAAGUGAAUGCUAACUUUUGAGUCGAUCCUAGUCUUCUCAACUUUCAUGAAAUUAAAUCCACUUUUCACAACAAAGUGCCUUUUUCCUAGAAGUGAUUUGUAGACUUUCUUUAUAAUACUUCACUGGAAUAGAUGUGUCAAAAACCAUUAUACCUGAAAAUGAAUAUCUAUGACCCAUCUACCUUUAAGGAAAAGAUAUACAAUAGCAGAUGCCAUUGUUUAUGUAUGUGAAGAUGGUUUUCCAGAAGCCUAUUUUGGAGCUUUCCCUGGGGAAAAAUGAAACUGGAAGCAAUUAUGGAUAAUUUCACUUAAUUUUUAUCUUGUCUCCACUUUUUUGGUAGGUUACUACCUAUAAAUGUAUGUAAUUUGUUUCUUUUAGCUUAGUGAUAAUAUCAUGUUCAAUGAACUUCCAUUUAUAUUCAUAUUUGGGUCAUACCAGAAAGUUCUACAUUUGCAGUUUUUCAAAUAUUAUAACAAUUUGGUGUGAUGUUUUUUUAUAGCUGUAAUCAGUGAUUUUCAAACCUCAAAUAUAGUAUGUUAACAGAUUACAUUUUCACUGCAUAUCAUAGUCUCUUAGUGAUGUAUGUAACUGCCCUCAAUCCCCUUCUCACUCUACUCUCUGCCCCUCACCCCACAGCAAUAGGGGCUUGAUUAAUUAUUUCAGUUGAGUAAAGCAUGGUGCUAAUGGACCGGGGUCACAGUUUCAAAACUUGAACAAGCCAGGUAGCAUCACGCAGAGAAAAAUUCCACAUUUGCUCCCUGCACCAGUAACUCCAGCCAGUAGUUCUGUUGGAUGCCUGCUGUUAACCCUGUAAGGAAAGAAGAGGUUAAUAAGCAUGAAUCCUCUACCAUGACUAGAAAAGUUUGGUAUUCUAAGGAGAAUUCAGCUUAGAAGUUUUUAUAUUUCAACCUCCCCCUCUUUCUUUAACAACUUGGAAACUAAGCCAAUAUUUUUUUCUCAUUUUUUGAAAAUGAGGGUGCCUCAAAAAAUUGUUUUUAAUUUAUAAUAUUCUCUGAGGGGUUUUAAAUAGAUGAUGAUAUAUUAGUCUGCAUAGUAGACAAAAAAAAAAAAGCUGAUGAAUUUGUUCAAAACAUAAAAUAGCCUUUGGGUUGAGAUUGCUGAGGAAAGAACAGAAAUGUAAUUAAUUAUUAGGAGUAUGCAGAGGAAUGAUAUUUCCAUUUAUAGGUAAUGCCUUGGGUAAUUUUCCUUUCUUUUUUGGUGACAUGGGGAUCAAACCCAGGGCCUUACAUGUGCUAACCAUGAGCUACAUAGCCAGCCCCAGGAAUUCUAAUGAAAAGUAGAUUUGGAUAACUUUUGAUAAAGGCCUAAUUCCAGAAUGAACACUUACUGUUCUAAUGUCUGAACAUUUACUGAGGUUUUUGUUUUCUAAUAUGAAUUUUCAUUUAUUAAGCAAACUCCACAUUAUCCGGAAAUGAGUUCAAGAACAGUAGAAGAAACAUAUACUAUGCCCAGAUUAUAAUAAAUUCAAGAGUUGUGCUCCUUAGUGCUAAUGCUGGGAGCAUUCACAGCAGGGUUGUCACCUACAAAUGAAACUGUGCUGCUUUGUGUCUGCCCCUUUUGCUCUGUCAUUUUCCUGAGGCUAGAUUGAGACUUACCACCUCACUUGAACUCUUAUGUGUAUGUGUAUGUGAUAGCAAUGUGAAUCUAAAGAGUUUUUUAAAUUUAAUGUCAAAUUAGGGAGAAAAAUAGUUACUCCUUUUGGGCUGUAGUGGCCUUAGCCCUUGUAUGUAUGUAUCUAUAGUUUUCUUAGAUAUGUUGUAAGCACAGAAGUACAGAAAUGGGGCCAAAAUUCAGACUUGAAAAUGUUCUUUAAUAGCUUCUUAAGAAGUUGCACUUCAGUGUGAAUUUUGGCGCGACAGAAUGACAUGCUUAAGAGUUAAAAGCUGAAAAGUUCAGUUAGUGUAGUAUAAAACAGUUUUUAGAAUAUGUAAUUGUUGAAAAUAAUUGUUUUACCUCAAAUUCUCAAGGUCACUUUCCCCAAUUUAAGUGCCUGGCCAGCUGUCAUAAAUUACAUAUUCCAUUAUGGUUUUGUUUUGUUUUUAAAGAUUGCACAUUGGAGAGUGUGAAAAUAAGAUGUUCUGCCUAAAGCUACCAUACCUAAUCUGUAAAUGAAUCUGUUAAAUGCUGUAUCUGCUCCAGGAGCUUACUAUAGAAUGUUAACUUGGUAAUACAGUACACUUAGUUAUUCUUUAGGAAUGUAAUAGAUAAAAUUAAUCUCUCUCUUUUUUUUUUUUUUUUUUUUUUUGGUGGGCCCCCUGUUUAGUCUUUCAUCAUCCUUUAAACUGCUGUGAAUUUUUUCAUGACUUGAAAGCAAGGAUAAAGGAAAACUUUAAGAGAUUUUGAGUUUUUCCCAAUCUAGAAUUCGUGAUCAUAAUCAUAUUUUGCUUUAUAUUCACAGUCAUGCACUCUUAAGCUGGCAGCUACAACCAAGAACCCCAAACUGGUGCAUUCUACUUCUUAUAAUUCAUCUCUGCUAGUAAAUUAUAAGAAGCAAGGAUAACUAAUUAGGGAAAAUAUUUUUAUUUGGAUAGUUUCUGUAAAAAAGGGACUAAAAUUUCUUGUAUUUUUUUUUUCAUCUUUGCUGUUUCUUUAAGCAGUCUAAUGUGCCAUGAAAUUAUUUUAAGGUUCUUUUUUCUAUAAGAAUUAUUUUUAAAGUGUUCUCAUCAGAUUAGUUGUAGAUAUAUGUCAAAAUAUUACUGAUUUUUAAGUCUGAGUAUUGACCUGACAAGCAAGUAUUUGAACUCCACUCUGGAGUGUAGGGUGGGUACCAAUGAAAUUUGUGUGACUUUUUAUUUCUGUGCCAUCAAAUAUAGGUAACAAUAUCAGUUGUGCAAUUCUGCUGUUUAAAUGGGAACUAUUGGCCUCUUUGGCCCUAAAUAAAAGGGCUACUUUAAGUUGAUUAUUUUAUUGUAAAUUAAUCCAUCCUAAUUUUUUUAAAUUUGGUUGAAUAUUUUUCUUGUUAAAUAAUGUUUAAAAAAUAAAAACUGGAAGUUC